GUGAAGCCGGUCAUUAGCUUCCCACACCCUCCCCUCCACCGGUCCACCCUCCUAUUCCCUCUCCUCUCGUUCGUUCCGGAACCUUCUCGAUGCUUCUCUGCCGAAGGUUCGCCUCCGUCCUCGCCCGCACCCCCUCCCUUGCGAGGGGCCCCCUUCCGCCGCGCGCCGCCCCUCCGGCCCCCCGCCCCCCGCCCCGCCGCCUCAUGUCCUCCUCCUCCGCCGGGUGGCAGCACUCCUCCCGCCCCCCGCCGCCGCCGCCUCCGCCUCCGCCUCCGCCUCCUCACCCCGGCUCCGACAAGGAUCAGUUGUACCGGGGGCUGGAGGCGGCGCUGGGAACGACGUUCAGCUCCGAGCCGCUGGCGCCGCCGCCGCAGCCGAUGAUCCUCGUCAUCAGUGGACCCAGCGGCGUCGGCAAGGACGCCGUCGUCAAGAGGCUGCAGGAGGAGAGGGAAGGAAUCCAUUUCGUCGUGACCGCAACGAGUAGGGCCAAGCGGCCAGGUGAAGUUGACGGGAAAGACUAUUACUUUGUUAGUAAGGAGGACUUCCUGACGAUGAUUGAGAGGGAAGAGUUGCUUGAGUACGCGCUUGUUUAUGGGGAGUACAAGGGGAUCCCCAAGCAGCAGAUUCGCGACUACAUGGCUAAAGGCUGUGACAUUGUCUUGAGAGUGGAUAUUCAAGGAGCAGCAACUUUGAGACAGAUACUUGGUGAAUCCGCAAUUUUCAUAUUUUUAGUAGCAGAGAGCGAAGAGGCACUUGUUAAAAGGCUAAUCCACCGAAAAACAGAAACAUCAGACAUGCUUCUUGUCAGAAUUGCAACAGCCAGGGAGGAGGUGAAACGCAUGCAGAAUUUUGACUACGUGGUUGUAAAUGCUGAAGGGAAGCUCGAGGAGGCUGUUAAACAAGUGGAGUCUAUCAUUGAUGCUGAGAAGGCUAAAAUUCAUAAGCGCAGUGUCAAUAUCUAAGCUAAAGCUCGUGUGACCUAGGCCUAAUAUAUUCGUCUGUUUGAAGGAAAACCAUCUGUGCGAUUUAAUCCGUUCAAGUUUGAUGAAAUGUGAAGGAAAUUCGUUUUGACAAUUUGACUUAGAUUCAAGUUUCAGUAGUCAGAAAGUUCAAUACAUUGCUGGGUCACAAUAAUUUAAAAUACUAUCUUAAUUAGUUUACCUUAUAAUAGUUUUCUUUCACGUUAAAUACUAGCACAAUGCACUUAAUAUUUCCAGGAACCUAAAUUUGAUCCACAUUUUGCAAUUUUUUUGGUCAUAAAUCCCACUUUUCGUUAUUUGUCUCUGUAUUUUCACUAUGUUGCUAGUUCUUACACAAGAACUCCGAACAGCUGUACUAAACUAGUUGUUCUGGAUGAAAUCUUAAGUGAUGAAUAUUUUCUUUUCUUUUUC